UCCUGUUUUGCAUCACAUUGUUUAUAUUUGACAAAAGUUUUUUAGUGUACAUUGAAAAACAUGAAGAACAAUGGUAUUGCAGCAUUAAGAAAACCAAGAUCAAGGCUUGCCCAAUUUAUUCUAAGCUUCAUCUCUUGCACAAAACAUGGGCAAAGGGAUUGCAGACAGAUGAAUGGGCCAGUGCUGCUUCUGUACCAAAUUCCAGCAUUGCUCUGCUGAUGAUCACUUUUAUAUCAAUGAUGAUGACUUGUGAUUGUACCUGCAAAAGCUCUGUGGGAUUCACUUUCUCCAGCUUGUUGAUGGGUGUAUUCAUCUGUGCUGUUUCACAUAUAAUAUUGAAGAUCAUAAUCCUGCUUUUAAGGGGAAUGCUUAUAAGGGAUUGCGAUUGGGAGAGCUGUAACAAUGAAAAGGAAAUAGUGAAUGUUGAGGCUCGCUGUGUAAAAGUUGCACAGAAUGGAUUUGGUGAGAUUGUGCACUAUAUUGAUUACGAUGAAGGAGUCUUACAAAAGGGGGUUGAAGAAAUUUCGCAGCUUGAGGAUGGAAGUGUUAGAGGCUUUAAUGGGUUUUCGGAAGUUUUGCAGUUUGAUGAUCAAUGUCGGGAAGGUUUUAAACAGAAUCCUGUUGAGGAAAUUUUGCAGUUUGAUGAUCAAUGUGCUGGAUGUUUUAUAAAGAAUGCAGUUGACUAUGAUGAAGGAGUCCUACAAAUGGGAGUUGAAGAAAUUUCGCAGCUUGAGGAUGAAAGUGUUAGAGGUUAUAAUGGGUUUGCGGAAAUUUUAUGGUUUGAUGAUCAGUGUCCGGAAAGUUUUAAACAGAAUCAAGUUGAGAAAAUUUUGCAGUUUGAUGAUCAAUGUGCUGGAUGUUUUAUAAAGAAUGGAGUUGAGCAAAUUUCACUGUCCAAUGAUCAAUGUGACGGAGGUUUCAUAAAGAAUGGAGUUGACGAAAUUUUACUGUCCAAUGAUCAAUGUGAUGGAGGUUUUAUAAAGAAUGGAGUUGAGGAAACUUCACUGUCCACUGAGAAAUAUGAUGGAGCUUAUAAACAGGACGGGGUUGAGAAAAUUCCACAGUUUAAUGAUCACUGCUUUGGAGAUUUUAAACAGGACGGGUUUGGGAAAAUUUUGCAGGUUGAUGAUCAUCGUGUUGGAGGUUUCGAACACAAUGGGAUUGAAGAAAAUUUGCAGCCUGAUGAUCAGUGUGUUGGAGGCUUUGAACAGAGGUUUGAGAAAAUUAUGCAGCUUGAUGAUCAGUGUGUUCUACGCUUUAGCUUUAAACACAAUGGGUAUGAAAAAUUUUUGCAGCUUGAUGAUCACUGUGCUGGAGGCUUUCAACAGAAUGGGUUUGAGAAAAUUUUGCAGCUUGAUGAUCGCUAUGCUGGGGCCUUCGAACGCAAUGAUGAUCAAUGUGUUGGAGGCUUUAAACAGAAUGAGUUUGAGAAAAUUUUGCAGCUUCAUGACCAGUGUGUUGGAGGCUUUAAACAGAAUGAUGAUCAAUGUGUUGGAGCCUUUGAACACAAUGAUGAUCAAUGUGUUGGAGGCUUUAAACAGAAUGGGUUUGAGAAAAAAUUGCAGUAUGAUGAUCAGUGUAUCGGAGGAUUUAAACAGAAUGGGUUUGAGAAAAUUCUGCAGCUUGAUGAUCACUGUGCUCGAGCUUUUGAACACAAUGAUGAUCAAUGUGUUGGAGGUUCUAGAGAGAAUGGGUUUGACAAAAUUUUAGAGCUUGAUGAUCAAUGUGUUGGAGGUUUUAGUCAGGAUGGUGGUGAGGAAAAUGUAACCCAUUUGGAAAAUCAUGAUGAGGAUCAACAUACAUCUCAACUUAAAGAGGAUAAAUGUGCUGAAGAUCAGGAGCUAAUUGUUCCGGAUAAUAGUGAAGCUGAUGGGGAAGAAGGUUCUGAAGAACUAGUUUCUUGUGUAGGGCAGAAUGCAUUGAUCACUUCAGGAACAAGUACAGCUAAAGAGGAGCAGUUAGAAGUCAAUGGUUUCUGUUUUGGAACAGACCAUAAUGUAGAGGAUAGUUUAGACUCACCUAAAUAUGAAGAAAAAGGAUUAGAGAGCCCUACAAGUAAAGACAUUGUAGGUCAAAUUGAGGAAAUAGCUGCAGUGGAGGACAUGGCAGUUGUUACUAGUGACACAGUUGCAAGGGAACAUUUAAACACUGAAUUUGAAGAAAAGAAUUUAUCUGAAGCUAGCAUUGAACAUUUAAACACUGAAUUUGAAGAAAAGAAUUUAUCUGAAGCUAGCAUUGGUCACAAUAAUUUAAAUGAGGUUUUAGAUAUAAAUGCUGUUGAGGGGUCAUCCACAAUUGGAGAGAUAUGUGAAAUUGAAGAGAAGAAGAAUGCACUUGAUAAGAUGUUGGAAGAAUUAGAGUCAAAAGAAUUAGAAGAGCUGUGCACAGUUCCAAACAAUGACAGACAAAUUUAUGAGCUAAUGCAUGAUCUAAGCAAGGAUGAAGAUGGGGAGAACCAGGUUUGUGAAAUAGUGGAAGAUGAUAUCAGUGAUUUCAGUACUGAAAGAAAAAACCCAGAUCACUUUAAAGUGGCAGAUAGGAUUAGAGAUCUUAAACAUGAUCUUUUAAGAUUACAGUAUGAGUUUGUGAGUGAAGAGUCAACAUCAAAAUCCUCUGGAAGUGAGCAGAGAAACUCUACCAUGAGCAGACAAUCUGAAUUAGAAGAUUGUUGGUAUAAUCAACCAGCUCCUCCAAGCCCUGGACAUGGGAGUAAUACUGCUAAUACUGCUACAUCAAUAGAUGCAUUAUAUGAGACAUAUACUGAAAGGAUGCGACAUUUUGAUAGGAUCAAUAACUAUCAAAUGCAUUCAGUUGGUAUUUUCGAGCCAAAAUUCUUGCAAAAGUCUAGGUCCCUUAAGUUAACAUCAUCUUUCCGUCAACUUUCUUCAAGAAGAAGGGAAGUGGAAAAUGAUGAGAUUGACUACAAGCUUCAAAAGGAAGAAUUGGAGACUGUUUAUGUGGCUCAGACAUGCUUAACGUGGGAGGCACUUCAUUGGCAAUACAAAAUUGUUCGGUAUUUAGAAGCAUCAUCUUCCAUUGAUGGAGAAGCUUCUCUAUCAUAUGAACAAGCGGCAGAGCAAUUUAAACAGUUUCAAGUUCUGCUACAAAGGUUUCUAGAGAAUGAACAUUUCAAUCAGGGAGCUAGAAUUCAAGAAUAUUCCAGGAGUAGAUCCCUCAUGCCUAAAUUACUUCAAGUUCCUGCUCUCAGAGCUUCAUCCACAGAAGGAACGGAAGAGGAGAUACAUGAAGCAUUCUACAGAGAUCCAGUUACCAUCUCAGAGUUGAUCAAAAUUAUGGAGGAAGCUAUUAUGACUUUCUGGGAUUUCGUUAAGGCUGACAAAGACAUUAAAACUUGUAAAUCAAAGAAACAUCAGAAGCUUAUGGAUUCAGCAGACUCCACCCUUCUACAAGCCAUUAGAAGAUGCCUAGAGAAGAAAGAGUCGAGACUUAAUGAUCUGAAAAGGAGAGGAAAGUUUCUGAGAAAAAACAAAUCAAAUCCGAGAAGAGCAGAAGAAACUGAAAUUUUGCUUGCCCUUAUCGACUUGAGAAUAAUAACACGGGUGUUGAGCAUGUCAAGAAUGACCAAAGAUCAUCUACGUUGGUGUGAAGAAAAGCUAAAUGCACUCAAUGUUUCCCAAAGCAAUCUGCAGAGAGAUUGUAUGCCUGUGUAUUUUCCAUCUUAAAUUUUCAAGUUCAUCUUAAGUUGGUUAAUGCCAAUGCGAUGCAGUAUAGGAGGAUGUUUUUGUAACUUUUAGAGACUUACAUUUAUUAAUAAAAUCAAAUGUAAAGAGUUUGUGUUUAAAUGAAA